UUUUACAAUGAUUUAUUUAAAAAGCAAAACAAAAGUGUGAAGUUUCAAUAUUAUAGUCAUAGUGGUCUAAUAUCUCUACUUUCCCUCUCAUUACAAGUUUUUACUUAUUUUUAUAACCCUUUAAAAUAUUCCUUGUCCUGUAAUAGGUAUCCCUCUCUCAGAUCCAAACAUUGCUCAGUUUAGCAGAAACAUCAAGGAACAUGCGUAAAGUGGAAACACUGUGCUUGACAUCUUCUCUGAUAUUUCCUGAACUUGUUUCUCAAAAUUAUCCUUAAUGACAGGAAAGGGGAUCUAUACCUACAGGGGUUAAAGGGUCAGGCAGCUUUCACUUUUUGGAGGGGAAUUUACUAAGUCAUCAUCAUUCCUGACGACUUUGUGCAUGUUAUGGAAUGUUGAUCCUCCUUUCCAUCUCUUCCGCAUCUAGCAAAAUCCACGCUUCCAUCUAGACCCAGCACUCUGAGGCCAUCCCCUAAGUCUCAUGAAUAUAGAGCAUUUUUUAUUUUGCCAUUUUCAUCCAAUUGAUUUGACCCUAUGUGUAUUAAUUAUCUGUUGCUAUGUAACAAAUUACUUCAGAACUUAGUGGCUGAAAGCAACAAACGUUUAUUAUCUCAUACAUUUCCUGAGGGCCAGGAGUUUGGGAGCAGUUUAGCUGGGUGAUUCUGGCUGAGGGUCUCUCAUGAGGAUGCAGUCAAAGCGCUGGCCAGUAGGCAGUCAUCUGAAAGUCUGACUGGGAGUGGAGGAUCCAAUUCUAAGACAGGUCAUUCAUUCACAUGGCUGUUAGCGGGAGGCCUCAGCUACUCAUCACAUAAGCCUUUCCACAUAGUUUCUUAGGCAACAUCAUAACAUAGCAGCUGACUUCCUGAUAGGAGACUAAUCCAAGAAAUACAAGGUAUCUGACCAAAAUGGAAGCUAUGAUGUAUUUUAUUACCUAACCCCAGAAUUGAUAAAAACAUCCAUGGUCUAUUGGUUACACAGACUAAUCCCGGCACAAUGUGAGAGGGGAAUGUACAAGGGUGUAAGUACCAGGAGGUGGGGCUUGUUGAGAGCCAUCUUGCUGGCUGCUAACACACCAAAAAAGUUUUGCUUCCAUAAUUAUGAAUUAAAGUAUUUAUAACAGAAUUAUACUAACAUUGAUGCAUUUUUUUGAGAAAAUGUUUUCCGGAAUAAGCUCCAUGAAACCAAUUAAAUUUCUUGAUCAAUUUUCUAUACAGCACAAGUAUCCUAUUUCUAAUUGUAUUUUCAUGUUUAUAUUGCUUAAUGUAUUUUCAUGAAUUUUUUUCCACAUUUAUUUCCUAAGAUGUUAUUUGUUGCUCAGGUUUACUAAGGCUUUUUGCUAAUCAGUUUUACUAUCAUGAGUUUUCUGUUGCAGCUUUUAGAUCUAUCAAGUCAAAUUUUCCAUCAAGUCAAAUUUUCCAAAGCUAGGUUGAACAGAUGUAACUUUGGUGAAGACUGAUUCUAUAUCGAUAUUUAUCAGUAACUCCAAUUUUGUAUUUUGAACAGUUUUAACUAUAGUAAUUUUCAUUCUAUGGUAAUUAUUUCUGUCUGUAAUUUUCCUUGUGAGUUGGAUUAAAGGCCACUAUUUGGUAGUUAUUCCUUAGCUAAUCUAUGAAGUAGUGGUGAGUAAUCCCAGGUGGUUCAGAAUUGCUUGAUUGUUCAGGAAGGUCCUAUAGCAGAGCUUACUAACUUUGUUAUCCAUCUUUCUGUGCCCUGUAUUCCAGCUGCCCUCACCAUCAUUGAAGGAAUAUAUAAGCAAUAUCCCUGGCAUCAAAACACAAAAGGUUGUGUUCCCCAAGGGUUAAAGUGAACCCUCAAUCGCCUCACCUCCUCUUCCUAAGUGUGACUUUUCCCCACCCUUCCACCUGACCUUAACCCAAUGAAAACUCGAAAGUUGUUGACAUCUGUGAGCUUUGAUCAAAUUAGGGCUAACAGCAGGUUAAAGGAAAAAUCAGGUUUUUGAGGGCUGAAAAACACAUUGGACUUUUUCUUCCUUAAAGUUUUCUGAGCCUGGAUCCUGGAACCAAGUGCUCCUCCUAUUAUGUGUUUAUUGAAUAAAUUAACAAAUGUAUGAGCAAAUUUUAAAAAACUGGUUAAUUCCUGAGUUCCAUGAAGGGCAUUAGUAGAAGAAAUCUUUUGAGGACCUACAUUUUUUUAAUCUGCAAAUGAUGCUCUCAUUGUUGUAUGACUGAGAAACUCUCAACACAGAGACACCUCAUUUUAACUUAACAUGAUUGUGCUACAACUGGCUUAGAUUAUUUUUCCUAAUAAAUGAAAUUCUACAGAAAUGACAGUUCCCUGCAUUUUCUCCUAAUCCAUUUAUUGGAUUGAUGUUCCAUGAAUUUUCAAUACUUUACAUACAUUGUAACAAGAAGGUCAAUCGUAACCUCCUUUCACCCCUUCUUGGAGGAUUUCCUUCAACCAGAAAUCCAUCAGUUUGUUUUUUGGUGUGUGCUCAGCCCCUCUUUUGCUCCCUCCCUCCCCAAAGGGAACCCUUUUAUAAGCUGAGAUGAACCAUUUAGAUUCUCCCUUUUGAAAUGGUCAAGCUGAGAAACCCAAAUUGAGUUCUAUGAUCCUGGCCCUGAAGAUUCUCGGGCUAAGUCACAACAUGCUUUGUGGUCUGUGUUUCACAGAGAUGAAUGUAGGUGAGCUGUGUCUGGGGAAGGGAGGAAGGUUCCAGGCCAAUUACAGUAACCACGGAAAGAGGUGAGGAGAGCCACCAGGUACCGGCAGUGGAAAUAAAUGGAAAAAGCACUUGGUGGAAACUGCACCGAAGAGGGGGUUUGUCGAAACAAAAACAAUCAAAGACAUAGGAGUUCAAUCUGGGUGACUGCUGGGGACACAGAUGCCUUUAACAAAGAGAUCACAGAAAGCAUUGCCCCUUUGAGGGUCUAGAUGUUCAGCAGGCAACUCAAAACUGGGAAUUCAAACAAGCCUCCCUUUGUGACUUAAUAUGUUCUUUUAAAAAUUGUACUGUAUUAACAGUUUGGUAGGAAAGCAAUAGAAUUACAUUGUUAAAGAGUGUUAAGAUAAAGAAGGAAGAAACUGUAAUUCCCCUAUUACCGUUUUAUGGUUUUUUCCAGUCAUUUUCCGGAUGUUUAAAAAUAUGUACUAUUAGAUUGCUUUUAAAGAAAAAUUUUAAUUUUGGAUAAGCCAACAUUUCUGAGUCUAGGGUUUCCAAAACUAAGGCUUUUGGAGGCGUGCUGGGUCAAAAAUAGAAGCUCGGUAAAUACUUGCUCAGUAGUGGCCGGACUGAUGGUCUAGAACACUAAAUAUAAAUUAAAAAUGUUUUCUUUUUUUGAGGAUUUAAAUGUUUCCUUAACCUGAAAGCGAAACAGAUUUUUGUUUGUUUUGCUGUAACGAGAGAGGAAGGAACAAGAGAGUGACAGGGUGAAGCAACUUCUCCCAGAAACUUUUGGGCGCAAACGCCCUCAAGUCCGGAUCAUUGGAAAGUAACUCGAAGACAGGAGAGAACCAGCGUAAGCGUAGCCUCAAGGCGGCCGCAAUCACCCCGCCCCGGGGCUGUCUCCGCCCCUGCCCUCUCUCAGUCGCCCCGCCCCGGGGGCUGUCUCCGCCCCAGCCCUCUCUUCGCGUUCCGGGUUCCGGGUUCCGGGGGAAGUGUGUUACGGGGACACUGGCCCGACUACUUUCGUUCCGUCCUCCAUCGUUUUCUCUCGCGCAAUGGCGUCCGGGCUGGUAAGAUUGCUGCAGCAGGGGCCUCGCUGCCUCCUGGCUCCAUUCGCCCCCAAGCUGGUCCCUCCGGUUCGGGGAGUGAAGAAGGGAUUCCGCGCCGCCUUCCGCUUCCAGAAGGAGUUAGAGCGGCAGCGCCUUCUGCGGUGCCCGCCGCCGCCCGUGCGCCGUUCAGAGAAGCCGAACUGGGAUUACCAUGCAGAAAUACAAGCUUUUGGACAUCGGUUACAGGAAAACUUUUCCUUAGAUCUUCUCAAAACUGCAUUUGUUAAUAGCUGCUAUAUUAAAAGUGAGGAGGCCAAACGCCAACAACUUGGGAUAGAGAAAGAAGCUGUUCUUCUGAAUCUUAAAAGUAAUCAAGAACUAUCCGAACAAGGGACAUCUUUUUCACAGACUUGCCUUACACAGUUUCUUGAAGACGAGUACCCAGACAUGCCCACUGAAGGCAUAAAAAAUCUUGUUGACUUUCUCACUGGUGAGGAAGUCGUGUGUCACGUGGCGAGAAACUUGGCUGUGGAGCAGUUAACACUGAGUGAGGAAUUCCCAGUGCCCCCAACUGUGUUACAGCAGACUUUCUUUGCAGUUAUUGGAGCCCUGUUACAGAGCAGUGGACCUGAGAGGACUGCACUUUUCGUCAGGGACUUCUUAAUUACUGAAAUGACUGGAAAAGAGCUCUUUGAGAUGUGGAAGAUAAUAAAUCCCAUGGGGCUAUUGGUAGAAGAACUGAAGAAAAGGAAUAUUUCAGCUCCUGAAUCAAGACUUACUAGGCAGUCUGGUGGCACCACAGCUUUGCCUUUGUAUUUUGUUGGCUUAUACUGUGAUAAAAAGUUGAUUGCAGAAGGACCUGGGGAAACAGUAUUGGUUGCAGAAGAAGAGGCUGCUCGAGUGGCCCUUAGAAAACUUUAUGGAUUCACAGAAAAUAGACGGCCGUGGAACUAUUCCAAGCCCAAAGAAACCUUGAGAGCAGAAAAGAGCAUCACUGCCAGCUAGCCACCGUGGAUGCAGCAGCCUGAAACUUGAGAGCGAAAGUGAGAUAAAUGUCAAAGGUGUUUCAAGCCAGACAUUUUCACAAUUGUGAAGAAACAGAUGUUGUUUUGUUUGUUUCUGUUUUUUACUGUGUUCCCAAAAUUAAAUAAAUGUUAACCAAGUCACAGUGUUUUUGGUUUUGUUUUUCUGAAAUCUUGGUUUGAUCAAAUCUUUUUUUUUUUCUCUUGAGAUGGAGUCUUACUCUGCCGCCCAGGCUGGACUGCAGUGGUGCGAUCUUGGCUCACUGCAACCUCCACCUCACAGGUUCAAGCGAUUCUCAUGGCUCAGCCUCCCUAGUAGCUGGGAUUACAGGCACACGCCACCAUACCCGGCUAAUUUUUGUAUUUUUGGUAGAGAUGGGGUUUCACCAAGUUGGCUAGGCUGGUCUUUAACUCCUGACCUCAGGUGAUCCACCCGCCUUGGCCUCCCAAAGUGCUGGGAUUACAGGUGUGAGCCACUGUACCCGACCAGAUCAAAUCUUUUUUUGACAUUUUUGCAAAAAAAUUUUCCUAAUGUUCUUGAUUUAAUUGUAUAGAAUUUGUAUAAUUAGGUGUAUUUUAUUUGCCUCUAGCUUUGAGGUAUCAUAAUUUUUGUAUCUUAUGUGAAUUUUUUGCUGUAAUACCAAUAAAGUUUUUUUUCUCCACAUGUUAA